AUGCCGUCUCCUUCGCGCCAGCAUCCCAGACGGAAGCGCCGUGAUUAUCACCCCCCUCCACAGUUCUGGGAUAAACUCACUAAGCUGUGGUUGACCAAGAGCGCUUUAAGAGAAAACAACCGACGAAUUCUAUCUCAAUCCUCAAGCCGGACAUUUUUUGCCGAAUCCUACACCUUUGCUCCUGACUUUUUGCGUAGUUGCCCCGCUACUUGUUUACAAGAGAUCAGAAGACUUUCCCGCUGCGGAGGUCCGGAUCUAUCGGAUCUUAGGCAUACUUCGAUUGGAAACACCACAGUCUAUGACCCGCAUUUCGAGAAUCAUCUACUCCAAAAUGGUAUCUAUAUGCCAUUAUUCAGAUAUCCAGAUGGUAGCAGACCACCAAAAGCGAAGAACCUUGCGGAAAUUAGAAGAAGAAUGCAGGCCCCUCGCCCCUCGUCAGCAUUACCCGAAAGCACGACUCUCGAUCAGGAGUACGAGGAUUUCCUCGAGCUCAAUCACGACGCUGCUGACAAGCAGGCUGUCGUCACAGAGGUGUUGGCAGUUCUCGAGGGCAAGCACCGGGCUCGGUCCCAGGUUGCGGGCGGGCACCCAUUCAGGAACAUGGCCCCCUUGACCGACGGCACGCUCGCCAGUGCGAAGCCUGAUCUCUACCACGGCGCACGAUCCAAUCAGCUCGCGCCCGCCAUCCAGGAGCAGCUGCACAAACAGAUUCGCCCGUCAAGCCAGAGCAAUCGUCCAGCCAAGGGCCAUCAUGGAACGCGGCGGACAGCCACGCGCCAGGCCGGAUAUGACGACAAGGCCUACACUAUCAUGUCGACUUAUCGUGCUGGAACACUGAGGAUCUACGCGACGCAUCCGACCAGGUCUCGGAGCCCCGACUGUCUCACUGACUAUGUGAUGACACAGAUCGGGCAUUACUCGCUGAUCGGCAAUCCAACGUCCUAUCGGCAAGGGCGGGACGCUUAUCGAAAUAGCAGAGACCUGGCUGAAGAAUACAGGGACGAGAUCAUCAGGCAGGCAAACAAACGAUGUGCGGGGCUUUAUGAUAAGCUCACCUCCCGCGGCCGUAGGUGA